AUGGCGUCCACAGACCUCGCAGCCCAUCUCUCCAACCUCAUACCGGACUCUCACCCCCAGCUCCGCGACUCAGUCAUUCCAUCACUGUUGAAAUCAAUACACGCCAUAGCAGGCCACCUCCGCACAUCCCCCAGCGUGACACAAGUAGGCACCGCCAAUGCCUUUGGCGACGACCAACUCAACGUCGACGUGCUUGCCGAAGAGGCCAUCCGGGAAGCCAUCAAGCAAUGUCCCAGCAUAGUGACGGCGAGCAGCGAGGAAGACCCAGUUGAAAAGUCGUCCACAGCAAGCACCCAGACAGACGGCGAACAAUACACCCUGGCCUUCGACCCGCUCGACGGCUCUUCCAUCAUCGCCCCAAACUGGAGCGUGGGCACUAUCAUCGGCGUCUGGAGCGGGUCGACAGCCCUCAACUCGCCGCCAGCAACCCAUCAAAUCGCCUCUAUACUCGGCGUGCUCGGCCCCCGAACCACAGCCAUUGUUGCCGUGCGCCUGCCCGGCACCCGCGGCGCCUGUUUCGAAGUCGGAUACUCAGACACAGGCGCCAUGCAAGUGCUACGUGACGACGUGCAGCUCGGCGUACCCGAGAGCCUGAAAACACGAUACUUUGCCCCCGCCAACCUGCGCGCUGCCGCCGAUGACGCAAAGUACAUGGCGCUUGUCACGCACUUGAUCACGCAAAAGUACACGCUGCGGUAUAGCGGCGGCCUGGUCCCUGAUGUCGUGCACGCGCUGGUCAAGGGCCACGGCAUCUACGUGUCGCCCGUGACUGCGCAGAGCAAAGCCAAGCUGAGGCGCCUCUACGAACUCGCCCCGAUUGCCCUAAUCCUCGAGUGUGCAGGCGGCGCAGCGCUGGACUCUGCAACAGGCGAAGCCGUGCUACAGAGGAACAUUCUCGAUACGGAUGAGAGGGGGGGCUUGAUCUGUGGGAAUAAAGACGAAGUCGAGCUUGUGCGCCAGGCAUUGUUGGAAUAGAUCCAGCCAUCCAUCCAUCUAAUCAAUACAUCAAUACAUCGUGGAUAGGAUAGAUAGGUAACUAGAUACAGUAGAUAAAUGGAAAGGGUAAGCAACGGCAUCUAGCCAUCUACCUAAGCACUAGAGUUUGAAUAAAUU